AUGACUAAUGAAGCCUCUUCCUAUGGUUAUCCAAAGGGAAUGUCCAGCAGUUCCCCCACCCUCUACCGAUGCACCCCAACGUCAAGGACGAGUCUUUGCCCUCAGCAGGUCUGUCAGAGGGUGUGCAUCCUCAUUUCAGGUAGAUCAUACCUUGCCAACCUAGUGUGCCUCCCUUUAGUAGGAUUAGACAUCAUCCUAGGAAUGGACUGGCUCAACGAAAACCGAGUCUUGUUAGAUUGUUUUGAGAGAAAAGCCAUCUUCCCUUCUCAAUCCAUACGAGACACACGUGACCUUCCAAGAUCCUCCGAAGACACCAGUACGAGGCAAGAAUAUGCCUUGCUAAAUUCGGUAAAAGAAGACUCCCAUCAGGAGUUCUGUGAGAUACCAGUAGUACACGACUUUUCAGAUGUCUUUCCCGAAGAUAUACCCUCGUUUCCCCCAACACGAGAGGUUAAGUUCUCCAUAGAAUUGAUACCUGGGACAGGGCCAAUCUCCAGAGCCCCUUACCGGAUGGCUCCAGUGGAGCUCACUGAACUGAAGAACCAACUAAGAGGAGCUGCUGCAAAAAGGAUGCAUCAGACCAAGCGUCUCUCCCUGGGGAGCUCCAGUAAUUGUUUGUGA